AUGAGUUCAGAAACUUCAUCUUACGAGAUGCAAGUGAGGAAAGAUGAGGACCAGAAGGAAAGAUCAAGACCCACUUUAUCUUCAGGAAAAAUUUUUUACAAGCCCGGAGCUAUUGAAGAAGAGACGGAUGAGACCAGUGUACUUGAUAGUUCUAUUAUGGAGUCCCCUAUGCUCGGAAUUGGGUUUGGUGGAAGUGGAUUUUUGAGGCCGCCUCUUCAUCAGUCCAGUAGUUUUCAUAGAGUACCAACAUAUAGCAGUUCUAUUGGACACAGCACUGUUUAUCGACACGAUACUUGCAGGAGCCGCUCGCAUAGACAUGGCGCUUCUAGGAGAACACGAAGACGGGCUAUUCUCAAAAAUGGUGAAUGUAAUAUUCUCAAGUCACGGAUCUCACAGCGUAAAUUGCGAUUUCUUCAGGAUAUGUUUACAACACUCGUGGAUGCUCAGUGGCGGUGGACCCUCCUUGUAUUUACUCUUUCAUUUAUAUUAUCCUGGUUGGGUUUCGCACUCAUCUGGUGGCUCAUAGCAUUUACACAUGGCGACCUGGAACCGGACCACCUACCCUCGAUGCAAGACGCGACGGGGUUUAAACCAUGUGUUUUUAAUAUUCACGACUUUACAUCAUGUUUCUUAUUCAGUAUUGAAACGCAACAUACAAUUGGAUACGGAUCACGUACUACAACUGAAGAAUGCCCAGAAGCAAUAUUUAUAAUGUGCUUACAAAGUAUAGUCGGAGUGAUGAUUCAAGCGUUCAUGGUGGGCAUUGUGUUCGCUAAGAUGACGAGACCAAAGCACAGAACACAGACACUUCUUUUCUCUAAAUACGCUGUGAUCUGUCAAAGGGAUGGUGAAUUAUGUCUUAUGUUCCGGGUCGGCGACUUGAGGAAAUCUCAUAUAAUCGGAGCCAGCGUGAGAGCUCAGUUAAUUCGAUCUAGGACAACUAAGGAAGGAGAGCUGUUAUCGCAUUAUCAAACUGAACUAGAAUUGAAUGCGGACGGCUGUGAUAGCAAUCUUUUCUUCAUUUGGCCUAUUACAAUGGUCCAUAAAAUAAACGCGAACAGUCCGUUUUAUGGUGUUUCUGCAGCAGAUGUGCUUCAAGAAAAGUUUGAAAUUGUAGUUAUUCUGGAGGGAACUAUUGAAUCUACGGGACAGACGACACAAGCGCGAUCUAGUUAUACAACAAGUGAAAUAAUGUGGGGACAUAGGUUUUUGCCAUUAGUGACAUAUAACCGUGAGCGUCAAGGAUACGAGGUAGACUACUCUAAAUUCGACGACACUUCGCAAGUCGACACUCCACUUUGUUCCGCUAAGGAAUUGGAUGAAUUCUAUGGGAAUCAAGCAGACCGUAGAUCUAUUGAGAGUACGGAACAUAUGGUUUUGAAGCUGCCAGACCGACCGCCGAAGGCGCCCGUAUCCCCAGCCGCCCCUGAAACUCCAGCGCCUAAAGCCGAACAGAAAAAUGGAGAUUUUACCUUGGUGUUGAUAAAAUGUGAAGUCCCCUCCCUACAAGAUAAGAAACCAUGGACAGGCUCCAUGAACGCACCGCCUCUGCCAGGCAUAUUAUACGAAAAAGCAAGUUCACCGUUAGCCAACAUUUCUGACAGAUUAGUAGUGGACGCUAUCAAACGAGCAAGUCUUACAAGAAGGCCUACUAUUAUUAAAUAUCCUCCCGACUAUUUCAAUAAUUCGGGAGAACAAUCAUCAUCGUCUAGUGAAGAUGAGAAUAAAGCCGGAAAAAAUGACCCGAACAUUCGGAAGGAUGAAAAUAAAGUU